GGCGUGGGCUCCACGACGCCCGUGUGCAGACAGCGUCCGCUGAGGAGGACCCCUCAAGGAUUCUCCAAGAAACUCGGAGCCAAAUUCAAGUCACCGGUCCCCAGGGCGAAGGCGGCGGCGACGUGGCCAGGGGACGAGGAGUCCCUCCGCUGCGAGAUGGACAACGUACGGGACCGUACCGCAGCCGUGGACCUGGAGAUCGGGCAGCUCAAGGCGCAAGGCUGCAGUCUAGACGAGUUGGAUGUCCACAUCCGCAAGUUGCACGACUACAAUGAGCUGAAGGACGCGGCGCAGAGCCUGCUGGGUCAGCUGGCCGUCCUUCGUGGCAUCACAACCCGCGACCUCUACGGCAACUACGGACUCGACGUGGAGGACUGACCGCCGCCACCACCACCGCGACCCCGUCACCGCCGUCACCACCGUCACCACCGCCACCACCGUCGCCACCACCACCGUCACCACCACCACCACCGUCACCGCCGCCACCGUCACCACCACCGUCAUCACCGUCACCACCGCCACCACCGUCAUCACCGUCACCACCACCAUCACCGUCGCCACCACCACCGUCACCGCCACUGUCACCACCGUCACCGCCAUCACCGUCACCACCGUCACCACCGCCACCACCGUCAUCACCGUCACCACCGCCGUCACCACCGCCACCACCAUCACCACCGUCACCACCGUCACCGCCGUCGUCAUCAGCAGCGGCCGUGCUCAAUCCGCUGCUGGAUGAGUGCCGCAGCCGUGUCGGCGUUUUGGUUUCGUUCGCAAAGUUGGCGGCAGCGGAGGAAGAGGCGGGAGGCAAGUUGCGGUGGUGACGCUUCGACCGAGGCGUGGCCUGGGUUCGAUCCCCGCUCUCUCGGUGUGGAGUUUGUGUGUUCUACUCCUGUUCUAGAGUGGAGUUUGUGUGUUCUACUCCUGUUCUAGAGUGGAGUUUGUGUGUUCUACUCCUGUUCUAGAGUGGAGUUUGUGUGUUCUACUGCUGUUCUACAGAGUGAGUGGAGUUUGUGUGUUCUACCCCUGUUCUAGAGUGGAGUUUGUGUGAUCUACUCCUGUUCUACAGAGAGUGCAGUUUGUGUGUUCUACCCCUGUUCUACAGAGAGAGUGAGUGGAGUUUGUGUGAUCUACCCCUGUUCUACAGAGUGAGUGAGUGGAGUUUGUGUGAUCUACCCCUGUUCUACAGAGUGCGUGAGUGGAGUUUGUGUGUUCUACCCAUGUUCUACAGAGUGAGUGAGUGGAGUUUGUGUGUUCUACCCAUGUUCUACAGAGUGAGUGAGUGGAGUUUGUGUGAUCUACCCCUGUUCUACAGAGUGAGUGAGUGGAGUUUGUGUGAUCUACCCCUGUUCUACAGAGUGAGUGAGUGGAGUUUGUGUGUUCUACCCCUGUUCUACAGAGUGAGUGAGUGGAGUUUGUGUGUUCUACCCCUGUUCUACAGAGUGAGUGAGUGGAGUUUGUGUGAUCUACCCCUGUUCUACAGAGUGAGUGAGUGGACUUUGUGUGUUCUACCCAUGUUCUACAGAGUGAGUGAGUGGAGUUUGUGUGUUCUACCCAUGUUCUACAGAGUGAGUGAGUGGAGUUUGUGUGAUCUACCCCUGUUCUACAGAGUGAGUGAGUGGAGUUUGUGUGUUCUACCCAUGUUCUACAGAGUGCGUGAGUGGAGUUUGUGUGUUCUACUCCUGUUCUACAGAGUGAGUGAGUGGAGUUUGUGUGAUCUACCCCUGUUCUACAGAGUGAGUGAGUGGAGUUUGUGUGUUCUACCCCUGUUCUACAGAGUGAGUGAGUGGAGUUUGUGUGAUCUACCCCUGUUCUACAGAGAGAGUGAGUGGAGUGUGUGUAAUCUACCCCUGUUCUACAGAGUGAGUGAGUGGAGUUUGUGUGUUCUACCCCCUGUUCUACAGAGUGAGUGAGUGGAGUGUGUGUGAUCUCCACCUGUUCUACAGAGUGAGUGAGUGGAGUUUGUGUGAUCUCCCCCUGUUCUACAGAGUGAGUGAGUGGAGUUUGUGUGAUCUACCCCUGUUCUACAGAGUGAGUGAGUGGAGUUUGUGUUCUACCCCUGUUCUACAGAGUGAGUGAGUGGAGUGUGUGUGAUCUACUCCUGUUCUACAGAGUGAGUGAGUGGAGUUUGUGUGAUCUCCCCCUGUUCUACAGAGUGAGUGAGUGGAGUGUGUGUGAUCUCCCCCUGUUCUACAGAGUGAGUGAGUGGAGUUUGUGUGAUCUCCCCCUGUUCUACAGAGUGAGUGAGUGGAGUUUGUGUGAUCUACCCCUGUUCUACAGAGUGAGUGAGUGGAGUGUGUGUGAUCUACUCCUGUUCUACAGAGUGAGUGAGUGGAGUGUGUGUGAUCUCCACCUGUUCUACAGAGUGAGUGAGUGGAGUUUGUGUGAUCUACCCCUGUUCUACAGAGAGAGUGAGUGGAGUGUGUGUGAUCUACCCCUGUUCUACAGAGUGAGUGAGUGGAGUUUGUGUGAUCUACCCCUGUUCUACAGAGUGAGUGAGUGGAGUUUGUGUGUUCUACCCCUGUUCUACAGAGUGAGUGAGUGGAGUUUGUGUGUUCUACUCCUGUUCUACAGAGUGAGUGAGUGGGUGGGUAGGUGGGUGAGUGGGUAGGAGGUACAGCUGGUGCAUUUGCCAGCUCAUCGUAGUCAAGUCAACCCCAUGGCACCUGCUGGGUCUGUCCCGUGACCUCCUCCUGCACCUAGCCUGGCACAGCAGUCGACACACGGCACCUGCUGGGUCUGUCCCAUGACGACCUCCUGCACCUAGCCUGGCACAGCAGUCGACCCAUGGCACCUGGUGUAGCGGUGUGUAGUAGUGAACAUCGCCACUGGGGAGACAAAGGCGGUCAGGCGUGGUGCUGACCACCCACCCCCUCGUGUGCCACAGUGCCGGUAGCCUUAGUAGGCGCUACUCGCUAACAGCACUUGCCCGUACAGCCUGUUAGAGGCUACACGGGGGUUAUCUCUGGGUGAGUUAAUGAAGGGAUGUGUGAGUGGGUGGGUGGGUGUAUGAAUGGGUGUGAGUGGGUGGGUGGGUGUGUGAGUGGGUGUGUGUGAGUGAGUGAGUGUAUGAGUGGGUGUGUGAGUGGAUGUGUGGAUGAGUGGGUGAAUAUGUGGGUGUGUGAGUGGAUGUGUGGGUGAGUGGGUGAAUAUGUAGGUAUGUGAGUGAGUGAGGUGAGUGGGUGUGUGAGUGAGUGAGUGAUUGAGUGGGUGAGUGGGUGUGUGAGUGAGUGUGUGUGGGUGAGUGUGGGUGAGUGUGUGAGUGAGUGGAUUUGCCGACAAUAAAAGCCAUGAAACUCUC